CUUCAGAAAGGACCCUAUCGGCCGUUGGCUAACGUUUACAUUGUCAUGUAGAUAACGAUAACUUCAGUACCCUUUUCAUAAAUUAACACGUGAAAUAUAAGUUGCUUUUGUGACUGCUUUGGGUGGUGGUUCUUCAACAGAUAAAGUUUGAAUGGUGAACUGAGUUGCCAUAAACUAGCUUUCCUAUAAGGAACUGUUAGCCGCUGCUCGCUAACUGACCGACCCCAGCGUCAGGCUGCAGUUUACAGUAGUUAGCAGUCGUUAGCUAAUUUUGACUAUCUCCUACAUUUAGCGGCCACUGGGGCCGUUCUCUUCACCACGCAACCGCUUUAUUGGUCGUUUUCCUCCUCCCGAAAUGCUCCCACGGACGCAGAACAGAGUUCUUUGGGAGGGAACGUGAGGCUCAUGGACUUUACAAUGACAUAAAACAAGGAGAGACUUGGAACUGUCUCCUUGUUUGUCUUUUGUUUUGUUUUUUUGUUGUCAUUUAUUUUUGUCAAACUGUCCUAUCUGGUGUUUACCCUUCUCAUGUGAAGAACAAAAGACAAUGAAGUAAAGCGGCAGUAUUUGUUUGAUGAAACUUUAACAGAUCACACUACUGUCUGGAGGUUUGGCUUAUCACUCCUCCUGUCUCCCUCCUAUUUAUCAAGUGAAAUGAUAGCAAUAGAUGUAUCAAAGGUCUUUACAAAGCCUGCACAUAUCAUAUCGCUGUGGCAUUAAUUACCUUUUGGCCAGCAUUUACAGUGCAAUGUACUUUACAAAAAUCUUUGCUUGUUCAUUAACUAAUUUAAUUGUUGUAGCCUCCUUGUGUACACAAGGUGUAUUUGUUAGCCUUUUCAUUGUUGUUGAAUAAGUUUUUCAAAGCACCUAAGUGUGUCAGUUUUAAUGAUUUUAAAUUAUUUAAAGACAUCAUGUUGAGUGGCUGCUCUGCUGCCUUAUGCUACAGUGUUUCAACUGGCAGCUUUAGGGUUGGAAUGUAAACCUUGUUUUUUGUGUAUUCAGCCUUUGUGAAGAACACUUGUCUUUAAGCGUGGAAGAUGAUAUUCCUAGCUCUGUUUUUCUAUGUUGAGAGCUGCCUAUUCACUUUACAGUAAACUGUACACAGAUGACUUUUCAGAUGAAACUGAUGGGACUUUUCUAAAUGUGACACUAAGAUGGACUGGACUAUUUCCCAUCCUCACUAUAAUAGAAUAAACUGAGAAUACUACAUUCUAAACUGGAAGAAAUCUUUGAACAGACACGUUUCUGAGAAGGAUAAAGGGGAACAGAAACACCGCAGAUUUUCUGUGAUAUUGUUUUUUGAAUUCAAGCACUGAAGAACAUUUAAAUGAUAUUCUCAGACCGAUGCAUUUAGACUUCCUGUCAACACUGAGGAGCUGUCAAACCUCCUUCUUGCCCUAAACUUUUAUUUUGGUGACAAACUUUGUGCACCUCUCCAGUAAGAAUGCGAUCCCCAGAACCAGCAGAAGCCCUUCUCCAUGGCCAGUUUGCCAGCUGGGGAUCAGGCAGCAAUAGCAACAGUAACAGCUGCCCCAGCAGCCCUGGAGGUCAGGGUGGACUCUCCCCCGCUGCUUCCCCUGUCUCGACGUUGGCGUCCAACUAUGCCCUCACUCUCACCCACACUCAUAUACAUAUCCAGCGCCUGUCACCACGACCGGGAAAAGAAGCCCGUCUACUGCUGCCUUUAACGGAGCUCGUGGGCUGCAGCUGCCCUCGAGCCCCUGCGCCCCCUCUCCUGGUGCUGUAUUGGUACCCACCGGGCAAACGGAGGAAAGGUGUGUCCCGACGCCGGCAGGUGAGGGCCUACCUGGCAGAAAGCAGGCCAGAAGCUGAGAGAUGGUCGGCUGCUGUACAGUGUCUGCUCAGAGGUGUGACCGUCACUGCUGAUACAGAAUUUUCAAGAAGUCUGCUACCUCGGCCCCGACGACUACUGUUAUUGGUCAAUCCCUUCAGUGGGAGAGGCCUGGCAAUGCAGUGGUGUCAGACCCACAUCCUGCCAAUGAUCAGAGAGGCCAAUAUCAGCUACAACCUUAUACAGACAGAGCGUCAGAAUCAUGCAAGGGAGCUUAUCAGAGAGAUCUCACUCUCAGAGUGGGACGGCAUAGUCAUCGUCUCUGGUGAUGGGCUUCUGCAUGAGGUGAUGAAUGGGCUAAUGGAACGUCCUGACUGGGAACAAGCAAUAAAGACACCUGUCGGCAUACUGCCCUGUGGCUCUGGGAAUGCACUGGCUGGCUCCAUCAAUCAUUACGCAGGGUAUGACAUGUGCCUUCGGGAACCCCUUCUUUUGAACUGCUGCUUUUUGCUCUGCCGAGGAGGUGUGCGGCCCAUGGAUCUGGUCUCUGUUACGACAAGCCCUGCUCCAUCCAGCAACACCCGGGCUUCAGUAGCCAGGAGACUGUUUUCCUUCCUUUCUGUUGCCUGGGGAUUUGUCUCUGACGUUGAUAUAGAGAGUGAGAGGUAUCGUGGUCUAGGCUCAGCCCGCUUCACCCUGGGCACCUUGGUGCGCAUAGCUUCUCUUCGAUCAUACAAGGGUCGUCUGUCAUACCUGCCUCCCUCUGUUGUCACUACAUCACCAGACGUCACACCCCCACCUAGGAGACCUCUCUCCCGGAGUAUUACAGAAGGUCUUGAGGGCUUCUGCCGAACACCCAUUCAUCGUACCUGCUCUGACAUGGGCAUCAGCGAACAGAGGAGCUUGCGCAUGGGGGAGGGGGAAAGGGAAAAAGAGGAAAGGCAGCGAGAAAGAGAGAGGAGAAGAGAACGAGCCAGAGGAGGAGGGACCGGUGUGGUGAGGGCUAGCAGUCUGGCAGAGGACAGAGAGAGGGAGGGGGAGAUGGAGAUGGAGGCUGAAGAGGAGAGGUCUGGGACAAGUUCAGAAUCUAAUGAAAAGGAUGAAUGCAAUAUGGGAAGGGAGGAGAGGCUGGAAGGGAUCAAGGAUGAAAGGGAGGAUGAGGAAAGGGUACAGCAAGACUCCAGUGAGUUGAAGGAGGAUGAUAGAGGGAAGGAUGGGGAAGGGAGUGGGGGUUCUCUUGAGGGGGAGGGAGUAUUGCGUGCGAGAGAACUUGGUGAACGCUAUGGGGUAGACAUGGGACGAGAGGCAGAUGAAGAGACAGAAGGUUGUUUUAGCUACCAAGAGGCUAGAACUGCACUAAGAAAGAAUUCUGCCCCUUCAAAUCAGAUAGUCAGUGCCCUUUUCAGCCAACCUCUAAGGCAGGAGGUAGAAGCAGAUUCUACGACCUCAUGUGAAGCUGAGGACAUGGAUUUAAAUGGAACCUACUACCAGAAAGAACCCUUUCCACUGGACGUUUCACGGGAACGAGCUCUCACCAUUUCCUCUCCCUUUCGCCACUCCCCCUUUUCUUACAAACCUAAAAACCUGGACCAAAAUCAGAACGCUUCCAGGCCGAGACCCCUGUCACUCCUACAGCACUCCCACUCAAAUUCCCUGCCCCCUAAACUCCCCUCCCUCUCAUUGUCUCUUUCUCCAACACCCCCUUCCUCUCCAUCAUGUGCCUCCCCACACUCCUCAUCCUACCUCGCCCCCCGUCCUAACACCCCAAGUUCCACUUCGCCCUCACCUUCUUUACGCACACCAUCCUCAUCGUUUAACUUUGACAUUGCCGAGCCAGCAGGACCCCUUAAGAACCGUCCUUAUGUCUCACUGCCUUUAAAUGUACCUAGAGAUGACUUGUUACCCCCACUGGACCAACCCCUUCCCACCAGAGACUGGGUCACCCUUGAAGGCGACUUUGUCCUGGUCCUGGCCCUUUAUCAAACACACCUUGGGGCUGACCUCCAUGCUGCACCCCAGGCUAGGUUUGACGAUGGGCUGAUCCACCUGACCUUUGUACGGGCAGGGAUCUCUAGAGCCACGCUGCUGAGACUGUUCUUUGCCAUGGAAAGAGGGACCCAUCACUCUGUCAGCUCACCCUAUGUGAGCCAUGUUACCUGCAGGGCUUUCAGGCUGCAGCCUCUGUCUACAAGAGGAACCCUCACUGUAGAUGGAGAACUAGUGCCCUAUGGACCACUUCAGGCACAGGUCCACCCUUCCAUGGCCCGUCUCAUUGUAGGUGACACUGGAGUGAAGAUCACUAGAUUCUAAUCAGGGAUUGGUUGAGCUGACUGAUAAAGCCCUCUACUGAAUGAUGUAAUCAUUGUUGCUAUCUUUACUCACAGCAAAGAAUAUCAGAAAGACCUAAAAUAGCCUGAAUUGCAGGAACUGCUUUUCUGGAGUUUAAUGAAAGGGAAGACCUGCCGAGCCACGCAACAUUGGAGCAUGACUACAGGGAUUUAUAAUGAAUUUAAACACGGAUGGAAACUGCGCCUCCUUGCACUGCUGUUGAACUACACACAGCGUAUACUGAGAAGCAUGAAAACUGCACAGCCUGGGAUCAAUAGAAGGAAAAUACAAUUGAAUGUUCAUAGGAUUUUCUUUGUGCAGAUAGUGCAUGUGUUGGAUGUAUACCUGCCAGUAUGCAUGCAGAGAAGCACUACCUGAUUUUUUGCCUUACAGUGAGAUUAAAUGUAGAGAUGUUCUCAAUCAUAAUGAAUCAAGAUGAAUUGUCACAAAAAACUUCAGCCCCACUUCCAGUGUCCAAAAAGUUUGAAAAUAAAACCUCCGUCCCUGAGAGCAAUGCCUUAUCUGACACUGGAGCAUACAGUAUAAUUGUAACUCUGCCCUUCCUGGCUUAGAAGACCUUAAUCUUGAUCUACCUAUCAGAAAGUCCGUCCGCUACAAUAAUGGAGAGCUCUGCUUGAAUCUUUACACAUAAUGGUGAACUGGUGAUUCUCUUUUAUAUCUCUGAGCACACUACUCUCCACUGAUGAAUUAUCAGUGCAAAGGAACGUUUGUAAUGACCAUGUUUGUUUAUGCCAGUGAGUUGAUGUAGAGCAGCUAGAUCAAGCUUUUUAUGCCGAUUACAUGAACAGGAGCAAUGGAGCUGUUGAACGGUGACAUUUCACAUUACUUGCUUGUCUUUUUUUUAGCCAGUGGAUGCACAAUGAUGAUGUCAGUGGGAUCUUACUUUGCUACAUAUUUAACAUAAAAUGUUUGAACAAAGAAAGCUUUGUCAGUGGUUUUAGACUGUUCAGCAAAGAUGUUUUUCAGAAUCACAACCCUUAGCCCUCAUAACUACUACUACUAUGUAUCACUGUCUGUGCUUAGAGACGAAUGGAGGUGUAAUUACCUUUCAUUAAUUGCCUCUAUUAAGUAGUUAGUGGUGCAUUUACUUUGCACAACAACUGGACUGGAAUCAGCACAAAAGAAUCAAAAGGCUCAUAGAUAGAUGAACAAGCAGAGUCAGAUUUUGUUCUAGGAAUUAGAUGCACUAUACUGCUCACAUUAAAUUCCUAUUCUUAAAUGCAUUUACAUGUGGAAUGAUGAAGGACUUUAGUGAUACAAUACUAUGAUCUCACAAUAAUUUAAAAGCUCUAAAAUCCUGCUCUAGAAACAAAGACAGAAACACUAAACUCAGCAGCUCUGUACUGUUAGAUCAGUCUUUGGUUCAGGAGAUGAAUCUACUUGCAUUGUGAGAAAUGAGGCAGUCUGGUUACAUAAACUAGGGAAUUCUAAAUUUGCACUGACAAUACCAUGACUGGGUGAAAACCUCUGAAUUGUUCAGUGCUCCUCACAGCAGAACUACUAGCUUUGUCAUGUUUUAAAGGUAACAUGCUUGCCCUGGACAAAGGACAGAUCAUUACCUUGUGCAGCAAAUCAAUGAAUAGGGUGUGUUCUGGCUCAUCAUUAACAUACUGUAGGUCUUGGUCAUGCCUGGACAAAUCAAUGCCUUUGUAUUAUAAGCCUUUAAAUUCUGGAUGAUGAUUAUGAACUGUUUACCAGAAACACUGAGUCAACCUCAUUGCUUCGACUGUUUUGAUUUCUUUUAUCCCCUAUGAAUGCACCAUGCAGCUACUCCACCACAGUUACACUGUGCUUUUACAGCUUCAAAAUGUGAGUGCUAGUCCUUUAAUACCAAAAUAGAAAAAUUUCUAUAUAUGCUAUGAAUGCAGUUUUGCCAAAAUGUUUACUCUUGAGGUUUAAGAAACUAAAUCAAAUCAGUUUACCUUCCUAAAGAUUGUGUUAUCUGUGGCUAUACCUUUUAUCUUUUACAAAACAAUUUGAUGUUGAUAGUGUUUAGGUCUGACCCCGCAGUUGGUAAUAGCAUUAAAAUGUCAGUAGUGCACUGCCUGUAAUGAAACUGUACUUAUUACUAAAAGAAUAAAAAUAUUUACAUCUGCAAUGCACAGUUAAUACUCAUGGUUAAAAAAAUGUAGAAUGUUUAUCUGGAGCAAACCUGUUCUACUGUUCAUGCAGUAAGACUAAGUCCACAUAAAACAGUCAGAUGUGUUUGUGUGACAUCAUGAGAGGGAAGUUGAUUUUAUCAGCAACAUUCUUUUGGAAUCUAAUGCAUUGUGUAAACCGCUGCCCAUUGAAAACAUAAUUUGUCUUCACUUAAGUCACUCUAAUAAACAAAGAAGAUGAAUCGUUA